UCUCGAUACGAAGAAGGUCAGAAAAUUUUGCUCUUUCGGUUUCGAGAGAUCAGCGAGGAGGAAGACGAAAUCAUGUUUUUAUUCGAUUGGUUCUACGGAAUCUUAGCUUCAUUAGGGUUAUGGCAGAAAGAGGCGAAGAUCUUGUUUCUCGGACUCGACAAUGCCGGCAAAACCACGCUACUUCACAUGCUCAAAGACGAGGUUGAUGCUGUUGUCUACCUCGUGGAUGCUUAUGACAAGGAGAGAUUCGCAGAGUCAAAAAGAGAGCUAGACGCUCUUCUAUCAGAUGAAGCACUUGCAACAGUCCCGUUUCUGAUUCUAGGAAACAAGAUUGAUAUCCCUUACGCAGCCUCGGAAGACGAGCUUAGGUAUCACUUGGGUCUCACCAACUUCACCACCGGUAAGGGCAAAGUGACACUUGCAGACUCUGCUGUUCGUCCGCUCGAGGUCUUCAUGUGCAGCAUCGUCCGCAAAAUGGGCUACGGCGAGGGAUUCAAAUGGCUCUCUCAGUACAUCAACUAAAGACAUCAUCGUCAUUAUCUUUUUUUCAUAUAAUCAAACCAAACGAAAGAACAAUUCCGUACAAUUUGUCUUUUCUUGAGAUAAGAAGAUUUGUGAAUGAUGAUGAUAUCACAUCCUUCUAGGAGAAGACAUGAUUGCUGUUUUCUUUCUCUUUGGUUUUUUUUUGUAGUUUUGUGUUUUUUAAAUUAUAAGUUUGGUGACUUGCAUUUUCCAAACUUGUUCAUGUCUCUUGGUCCACAUUUUUGUCAACAGCUUGUGUUUUAUUGAAACAAUUAAUU